AGGGGGUGUUUGCGGGCGGGCGGGCAGCGGCGGCGCAGCCGGCGAGCUGCGGCAGUGACUCGGCGGCGGGGAGGCUGCGGGAGCGGCGCGCACACGGGCUCCGGGCAGGGCGGGCGAUGCAGCAGCAGCGGGAACAGCAGCAGCAGGUGGUGCUGAUCAGCCGCAGGACAGGCGCCCGCAGCCGCCAUUAAACAAUAGGAGCCGCCGCCGCCGCCGCCGCCGAGUGAAACUGCAGCCCCGGGCCGGGGCGGCGCAGCGCAGCGCAGCGCGGCGGGGGGACGCGGCCUAGGCGGGGGCGCUGCGCGGAGGGGGACAAAGGCGCGGCGCGAGGAGGCGGCGGCGGGGCGCCCAGUGCCCGGGAGGAGCAGGCGGGUCCCGGCCCAGGCACCAGCAGCAGCCGCCGGAGCCGAGCCCGAGCCCGAGCCUGACAUGAUGUUUCCGCAAAGCCGGCACUCGGGCUCCUCUCACCUGCCGCAGCAGCUGAAGUUCACAACUUCCGAUUCCUGUGACCGGAUUAAGGACGAAUUCCAGCUCCUGCAGGCUCAGUAUCACAGCUUGAAGUUGGAAUGUGACAAGCUGGCCAGCGAGAAAUCAGAGAUGCAACGUCACUAUGUCAUGUAUUACGAGAUGUCCUACGGGCUCAAUAUCGAAAUGCACAAACAGGCUGAAAUUGUCAAGCGGUUAAAUGGGAUUUGCGCUCAAGUCUUGCCCUACCUGUCUCAAGAGCACCAACAGCAGGUCCUGGGAGCCAUUGAACGAGCCAAGCAAGUGACCGCCCCAGAGCUGAAUUCCAUCAUCCGUCAGCUUCAAGCUCACCAGCUCUCGCAGCUCCAGGCUCUGGCUCUCCCCCUGACUCCACUGCCCGUGGGCCUCCAGCCCCCUUCCCUCCCGGCUGUCAGCGCCGGCACCGGGCUCCUCUCGCUGUCUGCCCUGGGCUCCCAAGCUCACCUCUCCAAGGAGGACAAGAACGGGCACGACGGGGACACCCACCAAGAUGACGACGGGGAGAAGUCGGAUUAAAGUGAGGGUUGGGGGGGGGGGGGAGGUGUUCAG